AUGCUGGAGAUGGAACAAAGCAGAAAGAUGGUGAACCAAGAAAGUUUUCUGAGGCAGAUGAUUGAGAAAGCCAAUGAACAAUUGAAGAAACAAAGGAAGGAGAUGGCGAGGGUGCUAUUCCAUAGUUUGAUUGGUAAGUCCCUCCACAGUUUGAACAUGGUUUCUUUGAAUGAUCUGGGUUGGCUGAUUGACCAAAGCUUGAAGGAGAUUCGCGUCAAAAUUAAGAUUCUGAAUGAGGAGAAGGAGAACAAACAAGUCCAAGUAGAACCAAUAGGACUGCUAGUGCCUGCAACAACAGAUCAUUGA